ACCUCUGCCAGUGCAUGGAGAACCUGAGUUCAGCUCUUCCGGACUGGUUUGGAUUCAGAGCUACACUACUGUGUAUAGAGUGGGUCAGUCAGGACGGCUGCCAUAAGAAAUGCGAGCAAGAGCAGCAGGUGUACACACUGGCGGUGCUCCACUAUUCAGGUUCGAUAUUAAUGGGAAGCUUCAUGAAUGGUAUUCCAAAGCAAACAACUCGAAAAAACGAAUGACGAGCAAGGUGAAAACUCAACCACUUUUCAAUAUUGCGCCUCGCUAUGCGCCAACGGCUGAUGCAUUUAUGGAAGUACUGCAGACGUCUGGAUAGGAAGAUUGCUGUGUUGAUGC